AUGCAGGUCCCGCCCACCAACAGCACAACACGACGCAACACGACACCACAGUACUUUAGCUCCCUCGAAAGACUUCACUUCGCCAGCCUCGCACCGGCUCCCCCUCAAACACCAAACUUCCUCGACCCCUUCCUGGACCGCCCGGAAACCAGCCCCAACCCCCAGACCCAGACCAUCAAGCAGCGCCGCAAGGCACGACAGGCCAGGCUCGCCUCCGACCAAGUCUCCGACCGGGUCAAGAGACGCAACUCUCGCCGGUCCCGCGUCACAUCCACCGGCGCCUCGUCUGUCUACGUCCGCCUCCCCGACAAGAUCAAAAAGAGGCACAUCAUCACCGAAGAGCAGCUCGCCUCGGGCCUGAACCGCAGGCACGACAUCAUUCUCGACCCGGCUGAUGAGGCCGUCUACAAGGUCCGAAGGAGAGCGUCAAGCGUCGUAGGACAAGACGAAUUGUGGAGCCCGACCUUGUCCGUCCGACCCCAGACCAUGGAGUCCCAGCCGAGCCAGAGAGAGGUGAAGAAGUCCAAGCCUGUUCGGCCGGAACAGAAGAAGAAGCAGCUGCCGGAGAAGAUCCUGCCGACUUCGCCGACUUCACCAAAGAACAAGCGGGAUUCUUUCUACGACAGCUUCCGUUGGCUGGAAGAGGAUGACGACUUGGAUCUGCGCCUGCACCUUGAUGACUACCACCAGAACCUACAAGAGGAGGCGCCAGCCCCGAAACAGCGCAGGCCGUCGUUUCGCAGGCACUUGUCCAUAUCCAAGAUGCCUUUCGGCCGUACCUCUCUCAACAUGAACCGGCCUGGCACAACACAAGGCGUCACGAGCAACCCCGGCUCUCCGAUAUUUGGCAACGCCCCGAGCAGCCCCCAAGCCACCUCUCCGGGUCAUGGUCGCCGUAGAUCCCGCGCCCUGUCUCUCAUCACACCGAAACACAGUCCGCAAGACACCGUGGCGGCAUUUGACCCCGAGGCCGCACAUUACCAAGAUCCCGAGGCCCGUCUAAAGCUUCGUGCGUAUCUUGCAUCACCACAAAGGUUCGACGAGGUCAUUGAGUUUGGGUUCCCGUCCAGGGAAGCCAUGUCUCCUGAGGCGGCAAGGAACAGCAAGGACCCCAAAAGCAGACGCUCAAAGGCAGUACCGGCAGACGAGUCGGACAACCUCCGCACUUUCCUUGCGGACGAUAGGUCGUCGAUAUACAGUGAGGAUGGUUCUCUCGACUCGGACUCUCCCAAGACGCCUCAGACACUCGAAAAUGCUACCGCCCUCCGGCCGCCACCGCCAUUGAAGGGCGACAGGGCAUAUUCCCCUCAGCCGUCGAACAACGAGUACGCAGCGGCCGAGACGAGGGAGAUGACGUUACGCAUGACCCUUACUCGACCCGACCUGCGGGCUCACGACGACCAGAUCUACGGCUGGCAGGGAAAAUGCUGCCCUCCCGCGCCCGGCAGGAAAUCGCAGUCGAACGCAUUGCGAGACGACUUCGCCGCGCCCGCGUUUGCCCGGGAUGGGACGUCAAAAGAAAGCAUUGAACGUCAGUUCGCGGCCAUGGACCAGUGGAACGCUCAGACCAAUGACCGAGGCGUCAUGAAGCGUUUUUGGAACAAGGUCCGGCGUGGACAAGCAUAG